AUGUCACAAAAUCGACCUGGGGUGUUCUCGAAUCUGCGCAUGGGCGAAGUCGUCCGCGAGAAGGUCCAGGAUGGACUGACAGGGGAAACCAAAGAGAUUUCGUACUCACAAUGUAAAAUCGUCGGCAAUGGAUCGUUUGGUGUCGUCUUUCAAACGAAAAUGAUGCCAAGCGGCGAGGAUGCUGCCAUCAAGAGGGUCCUUCAAGACAAGCGCUUCAAAAAUCGAGAAUUGCAGAUCAUGCGGAUUGUUCGCCAUCCUAACAUCGUAGAAUUGAAAGCCUUCUACUACUCGAACGGCGAGAGGAAGGAUGAAGUGUACCUAAACCUCGUUCUCGAAUACGUACCCGAAACCGUCUAUCGGGCGUCGCGGUACUUCAAUAAACUGAAAACGACUAUGCCGAUGUUGGAAGUCAAGCUGUAUAUCUAUCAAUUGUUCCGUUCCCUGGCGUACAUCCACUCACAAGGCAUCUGCCACCGUGACAUCAAGCCCCAGAAUCUCUUACUCGAUCCAAACACCGGCAUCCUCAAGCUUUGCGACUUUGGUUCGGCCAAGAUUCUGGUAGAGAAUGAGCCCAACGUCUCCUAUAUCUGUUCCCGCUACUAUCGUGCGCCGGAAUUGAUCUUCGGCGCCACGAAUUACACAACGAAAAUCGACGUGUGGUCCACGGGUUGUGUGAUGGCUGAACUUAUGCUUGGCCAGCCAUUGUUCCCUGGGGAGUCGGGAAUUGACCAACUGGUGGAAAUCAUCAAAGUCCUUGGUACCCCUACUCGGGAGCAGAUCCGCACCAUGAACCCAAACUAUAUGGAGCAUAAAUUUCCUCAAAUUAAGCCACACCCAUUCAAUAAGGUAUUCCGGAGAGCUCCUCACGAGGCCAUUGAUCUGAUCUCGGCUUUGCUGGAAUACACGCCGACACAACGUCUCUCCGCUAUCGAGGCGAUGUGCCACCCGUUCUUCGACGAACUCAGAGAUCCCAAUACCCGACUGCCCGACUCUCGGCACCCUGGUGGCGCAGCUAAGGACCUCCCCAAUCUCUUCGAUUUCUCCAGACAUGAACUUUCUAUUGCACCCGCAUUGAACAGCCGGCUGGUUCCCCCUCAUGCACGCGCCGCUCUCGAGUCCCGGGGGCUAGACAUUGACAACUUCACUCCACUUACAAAGGAGGAGAUGAUGGCACGUCUCGACUGA